AUAUAAAUUAAUCUUAUUAUUGUUGGCGACACAUGCUGUGCUGUGCUCGGUGUUUAUCUCGUGCUGACUGCUGAGUCUCUGUUUUUCUGUUUAGUUUAUAUAUAAGCUUCUUCAGAAAAAUUAGGAGAGAAUAUAAAAUCGAAGCUGAAAACCGCGUUUUCUACUCAUAAGCUGGAAAGUUGCAACUGAUCACCGGAAGAGAUGGUUGCCUUUGGGAAAAAGUUGAAAGACAGACAAAUUCAAGAAUGGCAAGGAUAUUACAUAAACUACAAACUCAUGAAGAAGCGAGUAAGGCAAUAUGCACAACAAAUUGAACAGGGAACUCAAGAUCGGCGGCAUGUUCUCAAGGAUUUCUCACGAAUGUUGGAUAAUCAGAUUGAGACGAUUGUGCUUUUCCUAUUGGAGCAACAAGGGCUUUUGGCAAGUAGGAUAGCAAAGCUUGGAGAGGUGCAUAAUAAUUUGCAGGAGGAGCCUGAAAUAAACAAAAUAACUGAACUGCGAGAAGCUUAUAGAGCAGUGGGACAAGAUCUAUUAAACCUGCUCUAUUUUGUAGAGAUCAACGCUAUUGGCUUGCGUAAGAUAUUGAAGAAGUUUGAUAAACGCUUUGGUUAUAGAUUCACUGAUUACUAUGUCAAAACUCGUGCAAAUCAUCCUUACUCCCAGCUGCAACAAGUGUUCAAGCAUGUGGGAUUAGGUGCUGUUGUGGGAGCCUUAUCUCGCAAUCUUCAUGAGCUUCAGGAUCGUCAGGGGAGCUACUUAUCGAUUUAUGAUCAGCCCUCUCUUCCUCUCCAGGAUCCUGUCGUUGAUUUGAUAAAUGCAGCUGUUGAUAGGUUAUCCAACUCAACAAACUUUCUUAACUUUAUGGCACAACAUGCACUCAUUAUGCACGAUGAACUUCCUACCCCUUCGGAGGAACAUGUUGACGAUGAAAGAUACCAUUUUAUGUCUCUUCUGCUGAACUUGGCAAACACAUUUUUGUAUAUGAUCAACACAUAUAUCAUUGUUCCUACAGCAGAUGAUUACUCUACAAGCCUUGGUGCUGCACCAACGGUUUGUGGUAUUGUUAUUGGGGCAAUGGCUGUGGCACAGGUGUUUUCUUCUGUGUAUUUCAGUGCAUGGUCAAACAAGUCAUACUUUAGACCUCUUGUAUUCAGCAGCAUAGCACUUUUCAUCGGAAACAUCUUUUAUGCAUGUGCAUAUGAUAUUCAUUCAAUAUGGAUUCUCUUAAUUGGUCGUCUUUUUUGUGGAUUGGGUUCUGCCAGAGCUGUUAACCGGCGUUACAUAAGUGAUUGUGUUCCACUUAAAAUCCGCAUGCAAGCAUCAGCUGGUUUUGUCAGUGCCAGUGCUCUUGGAAUGGCAUGUGGUCCUGCAUUAGCUGGCAUACUUCAGACCAAUUUUAAGAUUUACAACCUUACAUUUAAUCAAAAUACUUUACCCGGGUGGGUUAUGGCUAUUGCUUGGAUGGUAUAUCUAGUAUGGUUAUGGAUCUCUUUUAAGGAACCUUCUCAUGAUGUUGAGGAGAAUCAGACACCAAAUCAGUCAAAUGAUGCAGCAGAAAAUGGUGCACUAGAAAAAGGCCUAAAACAACCAUUAUUAAUUACUUCGGAUGAUAAGGUAGAUGAAGACAAUGACCAAGAUUAUGAUGAUAGUGAGGAAGCUCCAGAGGAAUCUCGCCUACCAGCCAAUUCAAUUGGAGAGGCAUACAGACUCCUUACACCUUCUGUAAAGGUUCAGUUAUUGAUAUAUUUCAUGCUUAAAUAUGUAAUGGAGAUUUUACUAUCUGAAUCUAGUGUCGUCACAACAUACUACUUCAACUGGACAACCAGCACAGUUGCUGUUUUUCUUGCUUGCCUUGGCUUGACAGUUCUUCCUGUAAACAUUGUUGUUGGAAGCUACAUAAGCAACAUGUUUGAGGACAGGCAAAUUCUGUUGACAUCAGAAAUUAUGGUCUGCAUCGGAGUUUUACUCAGCUUCCAUGUAAUCAUUCCAUAUACUGUGCUACAAUACGUUUGUUCGGGUCUCCUUUUAUUUGUUUCUGCAGAAGUACUAGAAGGUAAUCUCUUAUUUUUCUUUACAUAUGGUAUUAUAGCCAAUAUACAGCAUGCUGUUAAAUAUUUAAUACGGAACCGGGCAUCUGUUUUUUACUGUUGUGAUAGUAAAGGUUGAACUACAAUUGUUGACGACUUCGACCUUUCUGCUUUUAAAAUUAAGGGAUGAGACACUUCAUUGUAUGACUAAUGUGCUGCCGCUGUAUAUAUUAAGCUGCAUGGAAAAUGCAGAUACCUAUGCUGAUAAUACCGUAUUGUUAGGUUUUGAGAAAACGUUUUGAUUUAAGGAGAUUACUUCUGAAUAUACGAAACUGACACAUUAAUUUCAACAUGUUUAUAUUUCAAAGAUUUUUACAGUAAAUAGUUAAAACUUAAAACAGUUGUGUUUAUUGUUUUGGCACAAAUAUGAAGAAAACGAAAAACCUCACUGUCUAUUUCAAAAAUCUCUCAACUUUAUCGUUGUGAUGUAAAUGGGAAAUGGACAAUGUAAUCAUUUUCUUGCUAAGCAAGCACAGAUAUUCGAAAGAGUUAAAAGAUGUUGUAGUUAGUUAAUUGAUCUGUAUGACCUUUUUGACAGUAUAUAUCAUUGAUUCCAGGUGUCAACUUGUCACUACUUUCACGCGUCAUGUCAUCAAGGCUUUCUCGCGGAACAUACAAUGGCGGCCUUCUAUCCACUGAGGCCGGAACAAUCGCUAGAGUAAUUGCUGAUGCUACCAUUACCUUAGCUGGAUUUUUGGGUCAGAGUAGCCUCCUUAAUGUCACCUUGCUUCCUUCACUCAUCAUUUCAGUAUUCUCUAUCAUGGCAACCUGCUAUACCUACAAUUCUUUAUACUGAUUUCUAUCCAACGAAUGCUCUUUUUCAACUAGACCUCUUUCUUUUGUCAAUCAAGCUCAACAACAUUUGGCAGAGCAUCUUGGUUGUUAGUUAUAUAGGUUGUUCCAAUGUGAAAUUCUUGGUAAAAUGGAUUUCUCAAUUGUCACUUUAAUUUUUCUUCGAUGAUUUAUCAUUACUUUGUUGUCUGCCUGUAUUUCUUUUUGGGCCAAUUUUAUGGUGUACAAGUGGGACGUAUCUUGUAUCAUGCACAAGUUGGCUUCUACUACUGGAUCAAUAAAUCACACAAUUGAAAGAAAAAAAAAAAAAGAGAUAUAUAUGAUGUGAUUAAUUGAUACAAUGGUGAAAAAUACACUUGUGCAUAGUAGACAAAGACUUAUUUUUCAUCCUUUUAGCUAUAGUUAUGAUUAAGAUUAAUUAGAGAUGUAAAUGAAUUGAUGCUAUUAGCUAUUCAUGAAUAAAUAAAUUUGUUUUGUUUAGUGCUUGAUAAA